AUGGAACCAACUAAUGAAUUAUUACCAUUACUAAUAGAUUCAAAUGAACGUUUUCGUACAAUACGUGAACUUGGUUCAGGUACAUAUGGUCGUGUUAUGCUUGCAUUAGAUCGUGAUUUACAACAACGAUGUGCAUUAAAAAUUUUACAAAAAUCAACAACAAAAUAUCGUGAUUUUCAUCGUGAAUAUAAUUAUUCAUUAUUAUUAUCAUCACAUCGUUCAAUAAUUGAUACAUAUGAAGAUCGUUGUUUUCAAACAACAGAUGCAUAUGUUAUUGUUCAAGAAUUUGCACCAUUAGGUGAUUUAUUUGAAUCAAUUCCACCACAACGUGGUCUACCUGAAAAAGCUGUUAAAACAAUUAUGAAACAAGUUGCAUCAGCAUUAGAAUUUAUGCAUGAUAAAGGAUUGGUUCAUCGUGAUGUUAAACCAGAAAAUGUAAUGAUUUUCGAUGCUGAUUUUCAUAAAGUUAAAUUAAUUGAUUUUGGUAUGACAAGAAAAUGUGGUACAUAUGUACGACGUUUAAUUGGUAGUAUACCAUAUUCACCACCUGAAGUAUGUGAUGCACUUAAUAAUGAUAUACUUGUAUCAACAUCAAUGGAUGUUUGGGCAUUUGGUGUAUUACUAUUUUGUAGUCUAACAGGUAAUUUUCCUUGGGAACAUGCUCAAGAAUCAGAUAUAUAUUUUAAUGAAUAUAAUCAAUGGAUUCAAAAUUAUCAAAUGGAACGUCGUUAUAAAUUACCAUCACAAUGGUAUAAAUUUAGUAAUCGUUUAAUGAGAUUAUUUCGUAAAAUGCUUGAUCCUGAACCAUUAAAACGAUGUGAAAUAACUGAAAUUGAUAAAUAUUAUGAUGAUAAAUGGAUACAUGAUCAUUUUAAUAAUCGUCGACGUUCAUCAAAUGAAGAUGAAGGUGUAGAAGAAGAUUUUUCUUCAUCUGGUAGUGGUAUUGAAUGUAAUACAGUAACAUCAAGUACAAUAAGUAAUAGUGACUUUGAAGAAUUAACACAAAUGAUGAGAAAUUCUUUAACUGGUUUUGAUAAUUUAUUAACAAAUGAAAAUCAACAAUCAUCAACAAAUGUUACUAAAACUUAUUGUUAA